AUGACAGAACCUCUCGCAUCGACCUCCAUCGAAACUCGCCUCACGGCCACCUUCCCCGAAACAGCGCAUCUCACACGCCAAGACCUCCAAGCGCUCGCAUCCGACGACUACAUCCCACCUCCCCUCUCCCAGUCCCAAACCCAAACCCAAACCGCAGCCCUGGACCAGCCUCCAUCCGAGUCGAUAACCCCAGACCAAGCAUUCUUCGAAGCAUUCUUCCACUCCCUCCCUCAAACGCAACUCCUCUAUCGCUCCCACGCCGACCUUCUCCGUCUGAACGAAUCCAAAGCAAGCCGCAACCUCGAACGCCAACCCGAACUCGAAUCCCUCCGUUCCGAAACCCUCACUCUCUUCAACCGUGCCAAGUCGUUCGAAUCCGAUUGGACCCGUCUCGAGCCACAACUCGUCGAAGCUCAAAAGCGAUUCAAUCCCUCAGCACUACAUUUCAACCUCACUCAAUCGGCGAGUAAACUCAACGAUAGAUCCGAAGAACUAGCAAACGCAUUCGUCGAGGGACUGCCCUAUCCCAAAGAUGGUACCGGGACAGCAGAGGAAGCGGUCUUGGAUGACGCGAGCUUCGUGAGAAGGUAUAAACAGCAGAGAUUACUGCAUCAUAAGAGAAGGUUGAUUGCCGAUAGAUGGGCGAGGGGACAGGUACAUUGGACUGAUUAA